AUGAACAUCAGGAAGGCAAAGUACCUCUUGGCGGACUGCAAUGAGAUUUAUGUGAAGAUCAAGACAUCAUUUAGACCCGGUGCGGCUGAUUUGCCUGACGAUCCUGGUCGUGAUGCCGCUCUGGCUUCUAUCAGUCUGCCUGAAAAUAUUAACGAUUAUGAAGCCACGAUAGCUGCUCUGACCGCUAUUAAUCUUGACACGAUGAAUAUCAACCAAAGCCGACCAGAAGACAUUACAAUGAGGGAGGAUUUUGGGGAUGUAAAUCUUGGUCGGCUUGAUGAUGACUUCGGCGAGGGAGCUUUUGAAGAACUUCCAAGUCGGGAAGUGUUGCGUGGGGGUGAUGGCGGUUAUGACAGUGUCUACGGUCGUGCAACUGACGGGUCCGGUCGCUAUUCUGUUCGUGAGUCAGAUCGACCGUCAAUUAGAGUGGACAUUGAUGCUGAUGAUACACUAAUCGGUAGCAAAGAUAAGUCAGGAAAGGUUACGACUGGACUUACACCAGCAGCCGAUAUCGGUUUAGACGAUGAUGAUUUCGUAGAACCUCUUUACGGCGGCGACUCGGAUGGCAGCUUUGGUGGAGACAUCGAACCUUCGAUUUUCACUAACCCUACGCUAUUUGGAGAUGCCGCCACUACUAAUCAGUUAGAGAACUUAGCAGAAGGACUUACGUUGCCUGGUGAGACUGCGACCAUGGGUGCAGAUGGCGGCGUUAAAGAAGGACCAACAACCGUGGCGAAUAUAGCUUCUGAGGUCUUGGAUAGUAAUGGCACAACACCACAAAUCCAUAAUCAACCGCCACUACGGGGUCAUUCGACUGUUAAUGUGACGGGUAAUAUCAAUGCACGGGACAAUACAACUCUGAUUUCAAACGAAUCAGAAGCCUUUGCUCUGCUUCCUAUUGACGUGCAGACUACUGCGGAACCACGACGUGCUGCAAAGCGCAGGCGUCGUCUUAUUAUCGACGAGUUAAAGUCCAUCCCAAGUGAAUUGAUGAAAACUCAGAUGCAGGAUACUUCGGAAAUCGUCACUCAACUUGACCUCGCUCCCCCCACAAAACGUCUUAUGCACAUGAAGGAGACUGGGGGGUUGGACAAGCUGUUCGCUCUACCCGGGCGGGCGAUUCCAUCAAGGAUUCUUCAGCGUGUCUUUUCACGCAACCUUCACUCGCAGCCCAUUCCGGAAGCCUACGAAUCAGUCACUUCAAUGAUCACCUCUGAGGAGAAUCGUCCACAUCUUAUUUUCAGACAGUCAGCAUCUACUGUCGGGACAAGCGCUAUUGAGGAGCAGUUGCUAUCUGCGGCGGCUACUCCUAGGGAUUCUCUUUGUACCCCCUCCGGUUUCCAAGUGGGCCAAACCGGUGCCCAGCACCACGAGGGUGCCCUCGGUCUCGUUGCGAUCCCCGAAGAAUCGAUUUCCGGGGGACAUGAAUCUUGUUUCCCUGGGUACCCGCCUUCCACCGCAGACCAUCAGUCACACCAUCACGGUGAUAAGGUCCCUGGCACGCUUCAAAACGAGCAUCAUCACAGUCAGAUAGGUGUGUUACCGGGUUUUUCAUUCAGUGCACAUUCAGUUUCCAAAAGGAUUGUCUAA